CAUAAGUCGCUCACUUGUAUCUCAGACACUUCAACUAGACAGUCAGACGGACAGUCAGAUUUACUCUUGAGGUCCGGACAGACACAAUGGGAGUUGAGAAAAUGGAGCUGGAUGAGGGACACUCGACUCUGAUGAGUGGCACCAAGAAGCCUCCCCCGGUUCGGCCUCCCAACACGUUUGAGCGCAUCAUCCAACCUUGCCUGGCAGAGGUGGUGGGAACCAUGUUCUUUGUCUUCAUCGGGUGUGUGUCGGUCAUUGAGAACGUUGAGUCUGCAGGAAGGGUACAGCCAGCACUGGUCCAUGGCCUGGCUGUGGCUGUCAUGGUGGCAUGCAUGGAUCAGAUCAGUGGAUCCCAUUUCAACCCUCCCUUCACCAUUGCCAUCUACCUGUGUGGCGGCAUGAAACUGUUCAUGGUUGUCCCAUACCUUAUCAGCCAGUUAUUAGGAGGGUUGCUGGGAGCUGCCAUGUCAAAGAUGAUGACAUCAAAGGAGAACUAUGCCAACGCCACCGGAGCGGCGUUUACUAUCCUCCAAUCAGAGGACCAGCUGGCAGGAGCCAUAUUUGGAGAGAUCGCCAUGACGUGCCUGGUUACCAUGGUAGUAUUGCUAGGGGCGGUCAAUGCAAAGAGCAAAAGCCCAAUGGUGCCUUUCCUGGUAGGCUGUACUGUCAUCAUCAACAUUCUGGCAGGGGGGGAUGUGUCUGGGACCUGUCUGAACCCAGCCAGGGCUCUGGGGCCAGCGGUAAUGGCCAACUACUGGACCUACCAUUGGGUUUACUGGGCUGGUCCUAUCGCAGGAGGUCUACUGGCAGCAGGACUAGUGAGACUUGUGCUUGGAGAUGAGAAGACACGAGUCAUCAUGAAGUGACAUCCGACUCUACAUGUCCUAUGCAAGUCACUUACUUCCUACUUUUUGUCAUAUUAUAAAGCUUUUUUUUCUAAGAAACGUGAAUUUAGACUGGAAUUUCUGUUUAAUUUGAAAGACUAUGAAUCUGGUUUGUAAAUAUCAGCAGAUAGGAGAUGUCAUAUUGUUAAUAUAACUCUUAUUGUACUCUCUGAUUCCAGUUUGCUUUCGUGCUUUUCCUUUAAAUUAAACGAUAAUGAUGUGGAUGCCCUCUAAAGAUGAUUGUAACUGCAAGCUGACUUACCGUGCUGCAAAAACGCCCCAGCGCUAAUAGCAUUGUGCAGAUCGGACCAUAUGGCGCUGCCCGCUGUGUUGGUGCUUUAAUAGCAGCACCGCACGUCAAACUUCAACUGGGCCUGGGUGGCGCUGUUUCAGCUGCUGAAAUUGACCUCUCUUUUAAUGACGCAUUAUAGACCUACUACAUUAUUGGGCUUACUUAGCAUUCAUCACCACCAAUGUACACCAAAAUAAAGCUUAUAAAUAUGCUUACAUA